ACCUGAACAGCAGAGAGUCCAGUUUUCUCAUCAGUGAAGAACCAAGGUCUGCAAAGCGAUACAAUUUGUUCCUGAGGCGGCGUCUUAUGUUUAAAAAAGAUGAACAAAGCAAAGAUUCUAUCUUCUUCCGAGAUGGGAUUAGGCAAAUUGAUUUUGUGCUUUCCUAUGUUGAUGACAUAAAGAAAGAAGCUGAACUGAAGGCAGAAAGAAGAAAAGAGUUUGAACAAAAUCUCAGAAAAACAGGUCUUGAGUUGGAAAUUGAAGAUAAAAUGAACUCCGAAGAUGGAAAAACUUAUUUUGUCAAGAUCCAUGCCCCUUGGGAGGUAUUAGUUACUUACGCUGAAGUGUUGGGAAUCAAAAUGCCUAUUAAGGAGAGUGAUAUUCCUCGAGCUGACAAAAUCCCUUUUAGCUGUAUGCUUGGGCCUCUGAAGCUCCCAAGGAACGUGAAGCAUCCUCAUGCUGAAUAUUUCACUGCCCAAUUCACCAGACAUCGGCAGGAGCUCUUCCUCAUUGAAGAUGAGUCAAGCUUCUUUCCAUCCUCAUCAAGAAACAGAAUUGUUUAUUAUAUUCUCUCACGGUGUCCUUUUGGCAUAGAGGAUGGGAAGAAAAGGUUUGGAAUUGAAAGACUGCUAAAUUCUCAUACUUAUUCAUCUGCCUUUCCACUCCAUGAUGGUCAAUAUUGGAAGCCAUCAGAACCUCCUAAUCCUGUCAAUGAAAGGUACACACUUUGCCAGAACUGGGCUCGGUUUUCCUAUUUUUACAAGGAGCAGCCUUUUAAUUUGAUUAGGGAUUAUUACGGAGAAAAAAUUGGCAUCUAUUUUGUCUUUCUCGGAUUUUACACAGAAAUGUUGUUUUUUGCAGCUAUAGUUGGCUUAGCUUGUUUUAUUUACGGCUUAUUAUCGAUGCAUGAUAACUCAAGCAGCACUGAGAUCUGUGACCCUGAGAUUGGGGGUCAGAUUAUCAUGUGCCCGCUCUGUGAUGUAAUGUGUGACUAUUGGAGACUAAAUUCUACCUGUUGGGCUUCAAAGUUCUCCCAUUUAUUUGACAAUGAGUCAACAGUGUUCUUUGCAAUAUUCAUGGGAAUUUGGGUCACAUUGUUUUUGGAGUUUUGGAAACAGCGACAAGCCAGACUGGAAUAUGAGUGGGACCUGGUGGACUUUGAGGAGGAGCAGCAGCAGCUCCAGCUGAGACCUGAAUUUGAAGCUAUGUGUACACACAGGAAAGUGAAUGCAGUGACUAAGGAAGUGGAACCUUACUUGCCUCUGUGUAGUCGUAUUCCAUGGUACUUUUUAUCGGGAGCCACAGUGACUUUAUGGAUGUCUCUGGUCAUUGCGUGUAUGGUAGCUGUGAUUGUAUACCGCCUGUCAGUCUUUGCUACAUUUGCUAGCUUCAUGGAAAGUGAAGCAUCCUUAAAGCACGUCAGAAGUUUCCUCACUCCCCAGAUAACCACAUCUCUUACUGGAUCGUGCUUGAACUUUAUUGUCAUCUUGAUCUUGAAUUUCUUUUAUGAAAGGAUAUCUGCCUGGAUUACAAAAAUGGAAAUUCCUCGGACUCACCAGGAGUAUGAGAGCAGUCUUACCUUGAAAAUGUUCCUGUUUCAGUUUGUAAAUUUUUACUCGUCCUGCUUCUAUGUAGCUUUCUUUAAAGGGAAGUUUGUGGGCUACCCUGGAAAAUACACAUAUUUGUUUAAUGUGUGGAGAAGUGAAGAGUGUGAUCCUGGAGGCUGUCUAGUAGAAUUGACAACGCAGUUGACCAUCAUAAUGACUGGGAAACAGGUCUUCGGAAACAUUAAGGAAGCCAUUUAUCCCUUGGUUCUGAAUUGGUGGAGACGCCGAAAAGCUCGAACCAACUCUGAAAAGCUAUACAGUCGAUGGGAGCAGGACCAUGACCUUGAAACUUUUGGUUCUCUCGGGCUAUUCUAUGAGUACUUGGAAACAGUUAUCCAGUUUGGAUUUGUUACAUUAUUUGUGGCCUCUUUUCCUUUGGCUCCUCUUCUUGCUCUCUUGAAUAAUAUAAUAGAGAUUCGAGUGGAUGCCUGGAAGCUUACUACUCAGUACAGGAGACCUGUAGCUGCUAAGGCUCAUAGCAUAGGUGUUUGGCAAGACAUUCUUUAUGGAAUGGCUGUCCUUUCUGUUGCAACUAAUGCUUUUAUUGUUGCAUUUACAUCGGACAUGAUUCCCCGUUUAGUUUACUACUAUGCCUACUCAAAAAAUGACAUUCAGCCUAUGAAAGGGUAUGUCAAUAACAGCCUGUCAAUAUUCCUGAUAGCCGAUUUUCCAAACCACACUGUACCUUCGGAAAAACGAGACUUCACCACUUGCAGGUACAGAGAUUACAGAAAUCCUCCUGAUCACGAGGAGAAAUAUUUUCAUAGUAUGCAGUACUGGCACGUCCUUGCUGCUAAGAUGACCUUCAUCAUAAUUAUGGAGCAUGUUGUGUUUCUAAUGAAAUUUUUGUUGGCGUGGAUGAUCCCUGAUGUUCCAAAAGAUGUUGUGGAAAGAAUCAAGCGAGAAAAGUUAAUGACUGUCAAGAUUCUCCAUGACUUUGAGCUUAACAAACUAAAAGAGAACUUGAGAAUGAAUUCUAGUGAUUUUGCCAAGCAUCUCAUUAUUCAGGAAAACAAAGUACAGCUUGCUAAAUCAGCAACCUAAUCAACAUAACAAGUAAGUGGCUGGUUGCCUGUCUGACUUCACAGUUUUCCCUGGGUUUGGGGCCAGAAGCCAGAAGCUGUGUGUCAAU